CAGUCACAGAACGGUGAAAUCAAGAGAGGGAGGAACACGCUCGGUUCUCCCGGCUGACCUGCUUUAAGGCGUAAUGACACAGGGAUAAAAACACCCAAAGCAAAUUGACUAACUUUAUUUUUCUAGGACGUUAUUCAGUUACCGAUCUCUUCUUUUUCUUUUCUUUUUUUAUUUUGACUAUCUAUCUGACCGUGUUUCUGUCUGUGAACGUCAAGCGGCUCCACGGCUUCAAGUUACAUAUAGGAGCAAGCUGCAAGUUCCAAAAGGACAGACCUUUGGAGGCGUCUGGCCCACAAGCAUGGGAUUAUUCGUCAAAUGUGGCGAAGAAAUAAGGAUCUGCUGCUGAAGGAUGUGAGACGUUGUGCGUCUUGGAUUCUCGCGUUUCUGGAUAUCUUGAAAAUCAUUGGCAACAGUUGAGAAGAGAGGGGGGGAAUUAAAAAAAAGGAUUGUGUAUACAUUCAUAUUGCUCCAACCUUGGGACCAGCAAUGGAUUUACAUCCCCCGAUCCCUGUUUUCUGAUAAGUUCCCACUUGUUCUGUUUCUUUUCUUUCUUUAUUUCCUAAAGAAAGUUUUUACUGAAGAGCAAAAACCGCAUCGGCCGGUUAAAAGUUUUGGAAACCGUCGCUCAGCCCUUGCUUUAUUUUGGACUGGAUUUCCAACACCAUGAACUUUAUUGACAGGUUGACACUAUUAUUUUUGACGCUGUCAGCUGUCAAGAGUGCCCACAUACCGAAGGAAACAGAGAGAGGUCCAAAUGACGUGAUCCCUUUGAUGGAGGUGUACAACAAGAGUUUGUGUCAGCCCAGAGAGGUGCUGGUGGAUAUCCUGCAGGAGUACCCGGAUGAGGUGGAGCACAUUUUCAUCCCAUCCUGCGUGGUCCUGAAGCGCUGUGCUGGCUGCUGCAGUGAUGAGAUGUUGCAGUGCACCCCAACAGCCACCUAUAAUGUCACGAUGGAGAUUAAAAGAAUAAAACUCCAAAGGCAACAAAAUGACAUUUACAUGAGUUUUACAGAACACAGCGCAUGUGAGUGUAGGUUAAAGACAGAAGUCAGAGAAAAGAAAGAAAAUGUCUGUAAGCCAUGUUGUGAUAACUGCACAGAGAGGAGAAAGCGUUUGUUUGUGCAGGAUCCUUCGACCUGCCGGUGCUCCUGCAAACAUACAGUUGAAUACUGUAAAGAACGCCAGCUAGAGCUCAACGAGAAGACCUGCAAAUGUGACAAGCCGAGAAGAUGAGAGAGGUGACAGCACCAGAUGUACAAGAUGAAGGAAUAUUUUAGAGAUAUUUCACAGCACAGCACUUUGACCUUUGUACCCUUUUCUGUGGAAAGCAUUCCCCCUGGACUGAGAGAGAACAAAGAGAAAGACUGAACUUUCCUCCCUCUCUAUAUCUGUUUGUAUAUAGAUCAUAUAAAAAAAAAAGUACAGAAUUGUUAUGCUGCUACAGAAACAAAUAACUAAACCCAUCAUUUGACUAAAAGCGAAGUAGCUGUCACGUGAUUUUGUAUUCUAACGGGCUUUCGACACAGGUGUGGUCUUAUUGUCAAUUCAUUGUAUGCAAUUAUUUCACUGGAUAUGAGUCUACUGUGGUCGUGCGUCAGUCAUAACAUGCAAAACCUCUGGAUAUAUUUAACUUCUAAAACGGUGGGUGAGCGUGAAGAAGACAUGGGUGUGCUCUGCUUUCUAAAAUGAUGGUUGGACUUUGGUUGGCUGACACUUUUGGAGAAAAAGGACAGGACAAAUGGGAUAGCGGAAGAAAACAGUCCCUGCUCAAGAUUGCUUCCCUCUGAGGACAGUGACGGACUCGUGGACUUUCAUAUUGGGUUCCUCUGGAAUGAUGGUGCCAUAUACUUUCAAAGGGAUACUGGUUGUUGGGAUAUCAUUUAAUAUUUUGCAAUGUGCUACAAGAAAACCACUGAAAAUAUUCUAUAUACUGUAGAUUGAUUCCAUUUGAAAACUGUGCCUCACUCAAUGUACUGAGAAAUUCUUUGAGUGCUUUUUAAAUUAUUUUUUGUUUCCUUUGCAAAAGAGCAGAUUGUCAAAGUAGUUUUCUUUAUUGAACACACUACAAAAUUCAUUGAUUAUACAUCUGAACUUGUACAUAAGUAAUAUCCCUUUAUGCCAUCGUCCAUUCUAGAUAAUUUAUAAUGUUAUAGAGUAUUUUUCAGUAUUCAGUCUUGUACACAUAUUUAAUUCUGUCUAUUUAUGUAUGUUGCGUUAUGUACUUGUAGCUGCCUUUUUUUCUAUAUGUGUAAGGUCACUGAUUGCUACUCUCAGCAUGGAUUCUCUCUUUACUUUUCUAUAAAACAAGUAAAAAAUCAAAAAUGAUAUGUCAACAUUCCCUAAAUAGAUUAUCUGUACUGCCUUAUCAAUGACAUCGCUAUUUCAACCCCUUGUCAUCUACGGGGGCGGGUGCCAUGUAGAGUUUUAACUUUUAUGAGUGUGUCGCCUGUACGAAUGUGUGUUUGAAUGAAAGUGUUCACCUGCCCUUAGGAGUUACUAAAUUGUAUUUAAGAAAGUAGCAAGUUUGUGUUUUAUUCAUUGUUCAAAAUAAGUAUACACUACCGUAAGACAACCACAAAUUUAAAAUUGGAUCUCCAUUCUGACCCCCAUCAUUCUUAGAACCUCUAUUAUAAGAUAUUUUUGUGUCUUCUACACUAUUAACAUGUUUUUUUUUUGUCUAUGUAAAACAGUAAAACAUAUUUAUUUCAAAUCAUAUUGUUUUUAUAUAAAAUAAGGAAAAGGUU